GGGGGAGGGAGGAGAAGCCGGGCGCCGUGUGCCGACGGCGUGUCCGCGGGAGCCCGUGGGUGCCCAUAUGGUCGCGCCGCUCUGCUUCCCUCGAGCUGUGUGAAGAAAGUCUUCAGCCAUGGAUGUGUUCAUGAAAGGGCUUUCCAAGGCAAAGGAGGGAGUCGUAGCAGCAGCAGAAAAAACCAAGCAGGGUGUGGCAGAGGCAGCAGGAAAGACGAAAGAGGGAGUCCUCUAUGUGGGUUCCAGGACCAAGGAGGGAGUUGUUCAUGGUGUUACAACAGUGGCUGAGAAGACCAAAGAGCAGGUGUCUAAUGUUGGGGGAGCUGUGGUGACAGGAGUGACGGCAGUGGCGCAAAAGACGGUGGAAGGAGCAGGGAACAUCGCUGCAGCCACUGGCUUGGUGAAGAAGGAUCAGUUGGCCAAACAGGUUUGUUUAUUUGCAGCCUUUUCCAGGUGAAGAAGUGAGCAGCAA